CAUGUCCCUGUCCAGCAGACCUGGAUGAAUGAAUGCCCACCAGGAGGGAAUAUCCGAAACAUCCCAGUCAACUCGCAGUGAAUUGGCAGCAAAACGAAGGCAGCCAAAUAAUGCAUGGAUUGAUUGAAGUCGGCGGGGUUGAGUUUCGGCCCAGAAGCGACGGUGCCGCCUUCUCUGCCUGAAAAUCCCCACUGGCCGCUGGAUGUGCGGAGGGGUAAAUCCAAAAGAGCCCAGAGGUGGGAAAAAAAAAAAAAGAGAGAGAAAAAUCUCGAAAAAUUUCAUGCUAGGCCGUCUAUCUUUGUCGCCAACUUCUUAUACCCUUCGAUCGUCUGUCUUCUCUCCGUAUCUGCGGUCUCGUGCUUCAUCUCUCUUCUUGCAAUCCCGUUCUUUUCGAUCAAUUCUCCCCACAAUGAGCGAACUCACCCACCCCACCAUCAAAGAUGGCUGGUUCUCCGAGACCUCUGACAUGUGGCCCGGCCAGGCCAUGACCCUCAAGGUCAACCAGAUCCUCCACCACGAGAAGUCCCAGUACCAGGAUGUUCUGGUCUUCGAGAGCAGCGACUACGGCACCGUCCUGGUCCUGGACAACGUCAUCCAGUGCACUGAGCGUGAUGAGUUCUCCUACCAGGAGAUGAUCACUCACCUGGCCAUGAACUCCCACCCCAACCCCAAGAAGGUCCUCGUCAUCGGUGGUGGUGACGGUGGUGUUCUCCGUGAGGUUGUCAAGCACGACACCGUCGAGGAGGCCGUUCUCUGCGACAUUGACGAGGCCGUCAUCCGUGUCUCCAAGAAGUACCUGCCCGGCAUGAGCAUUGGCUUCCAGCACCCCAACGUCAAGGUCCACGUCGGCGACGGCUUCAAGUUCCUCGCGGACAAGAAGAACGAGUUCGAUGUCAUCAUCACCGACAGCUCUGACCCUGAGGGUCCCGCCGAGAGCCUGUUCCAGAAGCCCUACUUCGAGCUCCUGCGCGACGCCCUCCGUGAAGGAGGUGUCAUCACCACGCAAGCUGAGAACCAAUGGCUCCACCUCUCCCUGAUCAGCAACCUCCGCAAGGCCUGCAAGGAGGUCUUCCCCGUCGCUGAGUACGCCUACACCACCAUCCCCACUUACCCCUCCGGCCAGAUCGGCUUCAUGGUCUGCAGCAAGGACCCCAACCUCAACGUCAAGGAGCCCCUCCGCAAGUGGUCCCGUGAGGAGGAGGAGCGUCUAUGCCGCUACUACAACCAGGACAUCCACCGUGCCUCGUUCAUCCUGCCCAACUUUGCCCGCAAGGCUCUGAACAACUAAAAAAUUCCCUGGACUUUGCUUUUCAAAUCAAAUUGAAAAAAAAAAAAAAAAAAAAAAAAAAAAAAAUACAAAAA